GGGUGAUUCCAACUUCCGGUGAAAGGGGAGAAGUAUCUUACACGAUUUACUCUGACCAGGCCCGUCGUUACCAGCCCGAUGGUAGUUGAGCGGGUUCUUUGGUAAUAACCAUGGCUCUGUGAUAGCGAACAAACCACCUUAAGAAGAACAUUUUUAAAACCAUAGGGUAUUUUACUUUAGGUGCUGUUUUGAUUCAUCGUCAGAGCUUAAGGUUUGCACUCCGCGACGACUAGCUAGGAAGCUAGCUAUAGACGAACCUCUAAUUUAGAUUCUGGUGUCUGUUUCAAGAUGUCAACAGCGGGGUUUAACUCUCAGAAUGGAACUGGGACAGGACAGACGUACGCGAACGGUCCAACACAGAAUCCAGUUGCUCUGCAGCAGACUCCAGGGGUCGGCUACAGCAUGAAUCACCAACAAGCCUACAAUCCAAUGCAGGCCAAAGCUCCUGCACCUCCUGGCCCUGGUCUCUACCCUUCUGGGCCAUAUCAGCCCAUUCCCCCUAUCAGUUCUUACCAGCCAGGCCCACAGGUAACUUCUUACCCCUCCUCUCCAGGUCACCCACUGUUGACCAGGCCUCCAAUGGGAGCUACUCCCUCCCAUACCCCACCUCUGUCUGCCAGCCCCAUCCCUGGUCCUCGGAUGCCCCCUGCACAGGCCACACCGCCGCCUCCUGCUGUGUCUUCUAGUAGCUACUAUCAAAACCCUCAACAGCCAAUGGCCCCGGUGUGGCAGUACAACGCAGCUACCCCACCAAUGGGACCAGCCCCAUCCAUGAACACACCCCCCAGAGGUCCUGUGACAAAUCACGUGAAUCAAGCUGCAGGCUUAGCUGGGCCACCUCCACAGUCCGCAGCUGUUUACAGCUCUGCACCCCCACCCCACAUGUCCAGUAGGCCUGCCCAGUUCUCAGGGCCUGGAUUGCCCCCCACUUCUAUGCAUGGAUACACUCAACCAGGCACCGCACCUCCACCGAUGGCUCCCCAAGCAUACCAGCCUGUUAGACCUGCUUAUGGGCCUCCACCCACAGGACCACCGUCAUCCAUGAAACCCACGCUGCCUCCCACUGGAACCUCAGUGGCCAGUGCAACACCUCCACCACCCAAUGUGGAUGCUCAGUGUGGGGGGGUGGUCCCCAAUGUCCUUCCUCCCACUGAGCCCGACUUCCAGGAAGGAGACAUUGAAUGUCCAGGAACUGUGGCUGGCAAUGGCCCACAAGCAGCAAACAGCUAUAAUCAUGUUGACAACAGAAUGGCUGGCCCGACACAGCCUGCUCCACCUGGUCGACACUUGGGUCACUACCCCUCCCUCCCCCCUGGAUACCAGAACACCUCAGCCCCCCCUGUGAACCCCCCCAUGCACCCAGCAAUGCAAGCUGCUACGCAGCCCUACACUCAAGCACCUCAGCCGUUCCAGCAGCCCCCUGGCGGCCCUGGGCCAGCCCAGCUGAGUCCAUCGAUGGCCGCCAUGAGCCUCCAAUCCAACACCCCAGAGGCUCUGAGGGUGGUCAACCUCCUGCAAGAGAGAAAUCUGCUGCCACCAAGCCCAGUUUCUGCCCCAACACCCUGCCUUCCCCAGGACCUGCAGAAGCUGAACUGCAGUCCAGAAGUUUUUCGUUCCACACUGACCAGCAUCCCUCAGACCCAAGCUCUGCUCAACAAAGCUAAGAUGCCUCUGGGCCUGCUGCUUCACCCGUUCAAAGACCUCUCGCAACUUCCUGUGGUGACAUCUAGCACCAUUGUCAGGUGUCGGUCCUGCAGAACCUACAUCAACCCCUUUGUCUCUUUCCUGGACCAGAGAAGGUGGAAGUGCAACCUGUGUUAUCGAGUCAACGAUGUUCCAGAGGAGUUUAUGUAUAACCCAGUCAGCAGAUCAUACGGAGAACCACACAAAAGACCCGAAGUCCAGAAUGCCACUAUUGAGUUUAUUGCUCCUUCAGAAUACAUGUUGAGGCCGCCACAGCCUGCUGUUUAUCUCUUUGUUCUGGACGUGUCUCAUAACGCCGUGGAGACAGGCUACCUGAGCGUGUUCUGUCAGUCAGUGUUGGACAACAUCGAUGCGCUCCCUGGGGACUCGCGGACAAAAGUCGGCUUCAUCACCUUUGACAGCACCAUCCACUUCUAUAACCUCCAGGAGGGACUCUCUCAGCCACAGAUGCUCAUCGUGUCUGACAUUGAAGAUAUCUUUUUACCAACACCAGACAGCCUUCUAGUAAACCUCAAUGAAUGCAAGGAGCUUGUCCAGGACCUGCUGAAGAGCCUGCCAAGUUUAUUCGAGAAGACGAUGGAGACCCAGUCGGCUCUGGGUUCAGCUCUGCAAGCAGCCUUUAAGUUAUUGUCUCCCACCGGGGGGCGGAUGUCUGUCUUUCAAACUCAGCUGCCUAACCUGGGUGUAGGGGCGCUCCAGUCCAGAGAGGACCCCAACCAGCGAGCAUCCUCCAAGGACAUCCAGCACCUCUCCCCAGCUACAGAUUUCUACAAGAAGCUGGCCUUGGACUGCUCGAGCCAGCAGGUGGCUGUUGACCUGUUCUUGCUCAGUGCUCAGUACUGUGACAUGGCGUCACUUGGCUGCAUAUCCAGAUACUCUGCAGGAAGCGUUUAUUACUACCCCUCCUACCAUCAUCGUCAUAAUCCAGCUCAGGUGGAGCGCUUCCAGAAGGAUCUGAAAAGAUAUUUAACAAGAAAAAUUGGCUUUGAGGCCGUCAUGAGGAUACGCUGCACCAAAGGUUUGUCCAUCCACACGUUCCACGGGAACUUCUUUGUGCGCUCCACAGACCUGUUGUCCCUUCCCAACGUCAACCCGGACGCCGGUUUUGCCGUUCAGAUGUCCAUCGAGGAAAAUCUGGACGACAUGCAGGUUGUUUCCUUCCAGGCUGCGCUGCUUUACACCUCCAGCAAAGGUGAAAGGAGGAUCCGUGUGCACACUUUGUGCCUUCCUGUUGCUAAUUCUGUGUCAGACAUCUUUGCUGGAGCCGAUGUUCAAGCCAUCACCGGGUUGUUGGCCUGUAUGGCUGUGGACCGCUCAGUGACGGCUUCUCUGAGCGACGCUAGAGACGCUAUGAUCAACGCCUCUAUCGACUCGUUGUCUUCAUACCGGCAGUUUGCGUUGACCAUCCAGCAGCCUGGCUUGUUGGCUCCUACCUGCCUCAGACUCUUCCCUCUUUACAUCCUCGCUCUGCUCAAACAGAAAGCCUUCAGGACUGGCACCAGCACCAGGCUGGAUGAGCGAAUGUUUGCCAUGUACCAGCUAAAGUACCAGCCGCUGGCCUUCGCCAUGCUGAUGAUCCAUCCCGCUCUGUAUCGUGUUGAUGAUCUGACUGAUGAGGGAGCUCUGAACAUCAACGAGCGGACCAUCCCCCAGCCCGCAAUUCUGCAGCUGUCUGUGGAGAAGCUUAGCAGGGAGGGAGCUUUCCUCAUGGAUGCUGGAACUGUGAUGUACCUUUGGAUUGGACGUAACUGCCACCCCAACUUCCUCACACAAGUCCUGGGAGUCCCAAACUACGCUGCCCUGCCUGAUAACCUGUAUCUUCUCCCAGAACUGGACACAGCAGAAUCUCAGAGAACCAGAGCUUUUAUUGGCUGGCUCAGGGAUCAGAGGCCAUUCUUCCCCUCCCUGCACAUCAUCAGGGAUGAGAGCCAGCUGAAACCCGUCUUUAUGCAGAGCAUGAUCGAGGACCGAACUGAGUCAGCCCUGUCCUACUACGAGUUCCUUCUCCACGUCCAGCAGCAAAUCUCCAAAUAAUCUUCAGUGAGAUUGUUGAGACGGGAAACCUCGGGGAAAGGACAUGCAUCGUGUGUGUGUGUGUUAGUGUGUGUGUGUGUUGAAGCUGUAAGAGGCCCCUCAGCAAUGCCUCUUACUCCAUCUCCAGCUGUUUUCCACCUUUAUCUUAGAGAAGAACCCGAGUGGACCUGAGAUAUCAACCGAACAUGACAAAGACUUUUCUACUCGGUUGAAGAAGCGUGUUGGAGGAAACAAACAGAACUUUUGCGAUGAAGGUUGUUUUGUCUGUGAUUGAUUUGAAUCAGUGUUUAUUCUCAUAGAACAAUUCUGUCAGACUAGCUAUUGUUCAGGUGAAAGAACAGGUAAAAUGGAUGUUUUUGUUCAAAAAACACGUCUAACCUAAACCAGGUCAAACUUCUGCAUGUUUGCGAGUGCAAGACUUGGUUUAUGAGGACAGUUGGCGCUCAAAGACUUCUUUUUUGAGUGGGCUGUCACCUGGAGAUAUUUUUUGUACACACCUGGGCUCCAAUGCUGAUAAAAUCCCAGAAGUAUGUUUUUUUUUCUUUUUAGUUAUAAAGUCGUUAAAAUGUUUGUUGAGCAAAUGCGUAGACUCCUGAUGUGGAAAGCAGAUGGACCUUGCCGUCUUUGCUGCCUGGAAUGUGUAGACUUGGCAGUGAAAGGUUGUCUCAUUGGUCUGUCCUCCCGUUGGUCUGUCAUCUUUUCUCUCUCUCUCUCUCUGAUGACAUCACUUUUCUGUUUUUUUUUUCUCUUGUUUAAUUUAUGAGACUCCCAAACUGAUUAAAUGCUAUAAUUGCCUUCUAUGGGAACUCACUUUUUAUUAAUAAUCCUCUGUUUAAAUACUGAAAUAUUUUAAUAUAAUAGGAUAUGGGAAAUUCUUUAACACAGUCAUAACAAAGCCAUUUUGAUCUUGUAUCCAUGCUUAUUGAUAUUUGUAUAUUGAAAGACACUGCAUUAUAUAAAGGAGAAGAAAUGCUAAUUUUAGUGUAAACAGAUUGAAAUUAUGCUAAGAAAAUAAACUGUUUGGGACUUUUUAAAUGUAGUUUGUGUUUUGGUUGGUGAACCAUGUUUAUUCUGUGAAGAUGGAUUCAUUUUGGACCAAUUAAUCAAUGUUCAUAAGAGUUUGAAUUAAGGUUUUCAGUUUGGGCUGAUUUCAUUCAGUUUGUAAUCUAUGUAUCAUAGAAGAAGAAUGUAUUUAGAAACGGAAUUGUUUUGGUCUUUAUGCACAAAGUUGUUUUUCAUAAAAAUGAAAAUAAAGCUAGCUUUGUUUUUUUU